ACAUGUGUGUAUAUUAAAACCAUGGACUACUGAUACACACCUGCCCGUUCCUGUGUGCCUACGAUCACCAUCCGCAUUCACAUGAAGGACUGAAGCGAUGCCACGAGCCUCUGGAGAAUGUCAGCCCUAAAAAAGGUGUUACCAUGGAUACUGCAGACACAUUGCUGCCUUUUCCUUGACAAGAGUCCAGACCAGCAGUAUUCCUCCUGGUCACCAUCCCGAGAUUUCAAUGAGGAUAGUAGCCUCACUCCACCCAGGAACAUGAAGGGCUUAUCAGGUGGUCGUGCACCGCACCAGAUUCCCACACUGCCCCCGUGUGGACUGGUGGAGUGUGAGCAUCUCCAUGACCUGCACGGCAUGCAUGUGUCCGAUCUGCGCCACUCCUACCUGCUCAGCCCCACGGAGACCUGCGCCAUGGACUUUCAUCACCGUCUUUCCCCCCGCAGCUCCAUUCACUCCGACUGCAUGAUCAUGUCACCCGUGGCGCUAACUUCCACUGCCCCUGCCGACCAUAUCUCCAGCAGCACCUUUCCCAGAAUGCACUACAAUUCACAGUACUAUGACCCAGCUUCCCGGGAAGACUGUGCAGCCAUCUCCACCUCAGCCACAUCUGCCGCUGCUGCAACAUCCAUCUCUCACCACGGCAGCAGCAAGAGCAACCGCAUCCCCGCAAACCUGCUGGACCAGUUCGAAAAACAUCUUCCGCUUCAUCGCGACGGCUUCCACACACUCCAGUACCAACGCACAUCUGCCGCCCCUGGUGGGGAGCAGCGCAGUGAGAGCCCUGGUCGCAUCCGACACCUGGUGCACUCUGUCCAGAAGCUCUUCACCAAGUCCCACUCACUGGAGGGAUCGUCCAAGAUGAAUGGCACCAAAGGUGACAGUGGAGGUGGGGGAAGCCAUCACCAUCACCAUGGUAAUCAUCACUCAUCCAAGCAUGGCAGCAAGCGCAGUAAAAGCAAGGAGCGCAGGCACCGUUCAGGGACAGGGGGCUGGUGGAGCUCGGAUGACAACCUAGAUAGCGAUAGCACCUACCGCACGGCCAGUGCCUUGAGCCGCCACCAUUAUGAGCACGUAGGUCACAGUUUCCCAGAAUCCAUGCACACUCACUUUGGAGACCACUCACUCAAAACCUCCAAAAGCAACAAUGAUGUCAAGUGUUCAGCCUGCGAGGGCCUGUCCAUGGCACCGGAGGGAAAGUUCAUGAAGAGGAGUUCCUGGUCAACACUCACCGUCAGCCAGGCCAAAGAGGCCUAUCGAAAGUCCUCCCUUAACCUAGAGAAGCCCAUGAUGCAUCAGGACCUUAAACCAUCAUUCCGGUCCUCACACUACCUACAGAUAAGCGUCAAAAGUGGGACUUUUAUAUUGACAGUGCCUGAGCUUAUAAUUUGACAGAGCAGAGAACGCCAGCAUGUUUUAACAGUCCAAAAUUCCAUAUCAGUCCACCACUGAUUCCAUUCAGGUGACACAACAUGUCUGUCAAAAUAGAUCUGAAUCAAAUAAAU